ACCGCCAACAACAAGGUCGAUGCCGAAAAAUUGGCUCCAUUCAUCAAGAAGUACUUGAAGGGUGCCGUCGAAAAGGGAACAUUGGUUCAAACUAAAGGCAAAGGCGCCUCAGGUUCAUUCAAAUUGUCGGCCGCUGCUCUUAAACCAAAGGUCGAGAAGAAGAAGCCAGUGAAGAAGGCUGUCAAACCGAAGAAACCAAAGGCAGCAAAGAAACCAGCCGCCAAAAAAGACGGAGCCAAGAAGAAGCCAGCAGCGAAGAAAGCCGCCGCAGGCACCGCUAAAGUUGUAAAGAAAGCCGGUACACCAAAAGUGAAAUCGGUCAAACCAAAGGUGAAGGCUCCAUCAAAAGCAAAAGCAGCCAAACCAUCGAAACCGGCUGCAGCAAAGAAGCCAAAGGCAGCAAAGCCAAAAGCAGCCAAGAAACCAGCUGCAGCAAAGAAGCCAAAGGUGGCAAAAGCACCGAAAGCAUAAAUGAAUCGCUUUUGUUAAUUACAAAAUUCAAUGCUACAAGAAACAGUCCUUUUCAGGACUACCAAAUACCUAUUUUUAUAAAGGAUUGAUGAAAAAUCAUGAAAAAUUGCGCACAAUUCACGUUAAGCGAGCCCAAAGAUAUGCAAUUUUAAAUAUAAUCUACAGCGACCCAUUUGCUUUGUUUAAUA